GUGUUAUGACCUUGACGCAGAUCACUCAUUGGUAAAACUUCUCCCACGUGCCAGUUAACACAGGUCAUUGGAGAAACACCAACAUUUAGCCGAACAAUCACGUGUACAGUGCUCGCCAAAAGGAAAGAACAUUGGGUUGUCUAGAAAGAAACUAAAAGAAAGCAGUUGAUUGUUGUGUUAUGAUUUACAAAAUCCUUAAUAAAGAGGAGAUAGGACAGCUUAAGGAGGAAUUAUCACUAGGACUGCCGGGAACUGCAAAGAUAUACUAUGUAAUAAGGAAUGCGUUAGACGACAAGCUGAGUGGAUUUGAAGUCAUAGUGGACAAUUGGCCGAAAUGGAAUUGUAUUCUACUGCGACCAGAAUCUACCGAUAAGGUGCUGAACUAUUUCAGACAGACCCAUAUUUGUCACACCAAAAGUGUUUCUGCCUUGAAAUAUUUUCUUCAGAGACCUGGUCUUAUCAGCUGGAAUCAACCUAUCAACUUUACAGGGGUCCCAAGUGAUGUCAUACCGGUUUUAAGUGAAGUCUGCAGAAAACAUGGCGGUCAAAUAACAUCUAAGGAGUCCCGACUGAUGUAUGCAUGGAGCAAAUCUUCGCCACCGGAUAUGCCCAAAAUUCCAGAAGGGGUAACAUUGUCAUCACUAAAACCUGAACAUGCCAAGAUAUUGAAGAGUGACUGGGCUGCGAAGCAAGGCAAUGCAGUGGAAUUAGAAGGCUAUUUUCAAAGCGUUAUUGAAAAGUUUGAAAGCAGCUGUCUCCUAGACAGUAAUGGACGAAUUUUGGCCUAUAUCUGCAUGCAGUACAACGGAUCUAUAGCCAUGAUUUAUGUUCUACCAGAGUUCAGAAAAGAGGGUUAUUUUGAUAUUCUUAUAAGUGACCUUACACGAAAACUAUUAGCCAAACAGGAUAUUGCAUACGGAUUCAUUCCUUUCACAGAUACCUCUCUUAUUAAUCUCUCCAGGGAACUAGGUUUCGAGUGGGUUCCGCAAGGCAACAUGACAUGGACAAGAUACACCCCGAACGUUCAUCAAAGACGACAAAAAGCAGCGUCCGAAUCAGAUGUUAGUGAUGUGUUUUCCAACAACCUUGAUACCUUACUGAAAUCUCAGCUUGGAGUUCCACUAGUCAAUAUAUGACGUAAACAUGUAGGUUUGCAUUGAAAGCAAUCCAUGGGCAACAUAUCAACCACUGUUGACAUGCAUUUUUGUUAUUUCGUUAUCUGAUUUAUUUAUUAUAUCUGUUGUUAUUAAUGAUGAACAAAGUGCUUUUUUUAAAUGGACCAGUUUAUUCAUUUUUUUGUCUCAUUCAUGAUUUUGGGUUUUAUGCAAUUAUUUUCACAGAUUUUAUUCUUGAUAGAUCUUAAUAUAUUGUAAAAAAAAAUCAGGAAGUCCGGCGAUGUAAUAUAAAACAGAUUAUUAAAAAAGACAGUUAUUUAAAACAAAAAUACUGGCAUCUUAAUAUAUGAUAGUUAUGGAUAAAUUUUCUUGUGCAUUUAAUAGUAAAGGAAUAUAAAACAGAUUAUUAAAAAAAGACAGUUAUUUAAAACAAAAAUACUGGCGUCUUAAUAUAUGAUAGUUAUGGAUACAUUUUCUUCUUAUGCAUUUAAUAGUAAAGGACAACCUAAGAAAUCUAGGUAAAAUAGUACUGUUUGCUCUCAGUGAUUAGAUAGCUGCUUUCUAAUUCCAGACGUCCGUACCUGCAGGAUUGAAAAUUAUUAUUGUGUCUGUUUUUGUUCUUUCUUAAAGGUCAUAUAUCUCAUUUUGUUUCACAAUAGAUAUAAUAUAUACGAUGUACAAUAUACUUGUUUUCAUAUGAGUUAUUAUGAGCAAAGGUGUCUCUUCCAAAAUUGUGAAUCGUAUUGCCCGAAAGUCAGGGGUUCUGGUGUUAGGGCGGAGCUUCAUUCGUAAUAUAGUGAAAUAAAUGCAUUAAUUUUUGAAAA